UUUCUAUGAAUAAAAUGGUCAAGGUCACAAACGUCAGGAAUACAUAACCUAUAAAAAGUAGAAUACUAAACUUUCCAAUUUAUAUCAAAAUAUAAGUGAAAAUGCCUAAGAAAAAUGAGCCAAUGUAUGGAAAUUAUUAUUUUAUAAUUGUAGGUCAUAAUGACAACCCCAUAUUUGAAAUGGACUUCACAAACAGCAAGGAACCCAAGAAAGAAGACCACCAACAUUUAAAUCAGUUUAUAGCUCAUGCUGCUCUUGACCUCAUAGAUGAACAUAAAUGGAAAAACCACAAUAUGUAUUUAAAAUCAGUAGACAAGUUUAAUCAACUUUUAGUAUCAGCCUAUGUCACAGCCAGUUUAAUACGUUUUGUUAUGGUUCACGAUAUUAAAAACGAAGAUGGAAUUAAAAACUUUUUUACUGAAAUGNGUGUACUUGUUUGUAAACAUUCCAUGAAUCCAUUUUAUGAAGAAGAUACACCUAUAAAAUCACUUGCAUUUGAGAAAAAGGCUCAGCUGUAUGGGAAGAAAUAUUUAAUUAAUUAAUUUAAGUAUGUCUUGUCUAUAAUACGUGUUGUAUAUAUUAUUUCUGUAUUAAUAAUUAA